AAUUCUAACAUUGGAAUAUCUACUUCAAGCAGAAGACAAUUUCAGAUGACUAGAAGUAGCAUGUUCAGAUUAGAAAGUUUUCCAGGUAAUACUUUGAUACUGAAUUCUAAUAUUGAAAUAUCUACUUCGAGCAGAAGACAAUUUCAGAUGACUAGAAGUAGCACGUUCGGAUUAGAAAGUUUUCCAGAUAAUACUUUGAUUAUGGUGACAGAGAAUUCUAACAUUGGAAUAUCUACUUCGAGCAGAAGACAAUUUCAGACGACUAGAAGUAGCACGUUCGGAUUAGAAAG